CAUCACAGCUGAGCUUCGCUCAGUUGGCAACGAUCGGUCGGAUCGUUCGGACGCGCGUUUACUUCCAAAAACAAGUUCAAAGUGGGUCCAGUCCCCGAAUUAGGAGGACAGGUGACAGACAGGUUGUGCGAAAGUUAAACCGUUUGGUGAAUGUGAAACCGAUACACGUGAUUACACGGAGUGUGACGAUCUGGAAUAACCGGAAGAUUAGUCGAAUCGUGGGAUCUCUAAAAUUAGAACACUUUCAACGAAUGAUCUUCGGCGUGAUAGAAAGGCAGAUCGGUUAUUCCCAGGGAUCGCGACAUCGGUGAUAAGUCGUCUAACUGCCAAAACGUUGCUCAAUUGGAAAAUAUUAUUCCGCCAGUAGUGUGAUAAGAGAGGAGAUGCCGAAAGGUUGCUGCUAAUCGACGUGAAGUGAAAGCAGAUCUACACGGAAUUCGCCCCUCAGAUUGUCCAAGGGAGAAGUGUUGUAGAACGUCCAAAUAACUCACAGCCAAGAUGCUGACAACGAAACAAACCGUUCUGGCGGUAGUGACGCUAUGCACCGGAAUCGCCUUCGCGAUCCAGGUUCCCACGUCCGAUCAGAUAAGCAUUGCCAGUAACGACCGAUCAGAUGUCCUCCCGGGUUUCGGUGGUGCGGGCGAUGAACCUCGAGCGUAUCGUCCGGACACUUCCUCGCUGGAUUUUGUCUACCACAAUCACGAGGACAUGACGCGAUAUCUGAGGGCGACCACGGCUCGGUAUCCGAACCUGACGGCACUGUACUCAAUCGGAAAGUCUGUCCAGGGUCGUGAACUGUGGGUAAUGGUGGUGUCUGCGUCUCCCUAUGAACAUAUGCUCGGCAAACCGGACGUCAAGUACAUCGGUAACAUCCACGGAAACGAGGCCGUUGGCCGUGAACUGCUACUUCACAUGAUCCAGUACCUGAUCACCAGCUACACUACUGACCCGUACAUCAAGUGGCUGCUGGACAACACUCGUAUCCACAUUCUGCCUUCGUUGAACCCGGAUGGUUAUGCCGCAUCCAAGGAGGGUACCUGUGACGGCGGCCAGGGACGAUACAACUCACGGGGCUUUGAUCUGAACCGCAACUUCCCGGAUUACUUCAAGCAGAACAACAAGCGGUCGCAACCGGAAACAGAAGCCGUCAAGGAGUGGAUCAACAAGAUUCAGUUUGUGCUGAGUGGAUCUCUGCACGGUGGAGCUCUAGUUGCCAGUUACCCGUAUGAUAACACCCCCAAUGCCAAGAUCUGUAGAUCUUCGUCUACUUGUGCCGUGUUCAAUAGCUACGUGUCUCAACCAUCGUUGACACCGGAUGACGAUGUGUUCAAACACCUCUCGCUGACCUAUGCCAACAAUCACGCCAAAAUGUCCCGAGGUGUGGCCUGCAAGUCUGCUUCGCCUUCGUUCGAGAACGGCAUUACCAAUGGUGCUGCUUGGUACCCACUGACCGGUGGAAUGCAAGACUACAACUACAUCUGGCACGGUUGUAUGGAGGUUACGCUGGAGGUGUCCUGCUGCAAGUUCCCACCGGCAUACGAGCUGCGCAAGUACUGGGAUGAUAACCAGCUGUCGAUGAUCAAGUUCCUCGCUGAAGCGCAUCGUGGAGUCCAAGGUUUCGUCAUGGAUCCCAACGGAGGUCCCAUCGAGCGUGCUCAGCUGAAGAUCAAGGGUAGGGACGUCGGCUUCAGUACUACAAAGUACGGCGAGUUCUGGCGAAUCUUGAUGCCCGGCGUCUACAAGUUGGAGGUGUUUGCCGACGGAUUCGUCCCAAGAGACGUCGAUUUCAUGGUCGUUGAGCAGCAUCCUACAUUGCUGAACGUCACCAUGCAACCAUCGAAGCGUAACGAUGGCCCCUACUACCGGCCAGUCCAGCAGCCGGCCCAGUCGCAGUAUCGUCCACAGAUUGCAGCCCCCGGUGGUCUUCCCAGUAACAGCAUCAAUGGAUCCCCAGCCGACGAAGGCAUCCUGUCUACGCUGAGCAACGGAUUCAACAGUUUGGUGAACAACAUCUUCGGAUAAAUGACUUCCCGGAACCACCAAACGGUGAUCGUUCUCUCUGCUACAGUAUUACAAGAGGAAGGAUGUGCUUUUUGUGCUUUUAUAAGCAGCUGUUACAAUCAACGCAUCAACAUCUAUUAGACGCCAAACUCACACGGCAUUUAGACGCGUUAUUACACUCCAUUGAAACCAGAACUUUUGACAUUAACAGGACGGUGCGACGAGUAAGAAGAAUGUGUGUUCUCCAGUGAUAUGACGAUAAUAAUUAACAUAACAGAACAAACUCGAAUUAGUUGUUAAAAAAAUAUUAGGAUUAAGCUUCAAUCAGAUACGCAGAAAAACACUGCACCACAACAACACAAUCGAGAACCUAUUUUUGAACAUUUGUAGACGUUAUCUGCAUCGCAAAGUGCUUAUAGUGGAAUGAACAAUGAACUCUCACAUCUAUAGGUGACCAAUAUUACAGAUGAUAUUCAGCAGCAUCCAUUAGCGUAUUUAAGCAUUAGCAAGUCGUUCGAAAGUUAUAACUACUACCAAGAU